AUGGAAGAUGCUAACAAUCGUAAUUUUGUUCUCCGACCAACUCCAGGACAAAAAUUUCGUCCAAAGGCAGUGACCGCCAUGAUUCAGGAAGUUCUCGGAGAAAAACUGGGAGGUAUGAUAGCCUAUGAUGAAAACGAGGCUGACCAGGCGUCCAGAGAUAUCUCGGCGGCGAUUCGAGAAAAAUUGAAAGGACUCCAACUACCACGUUACAAGUAUAUUGUCCAGACAAUGAUAGCAGAACAAUGCGGAAACGGAGCAACAACUGCAAUUCAAUGUGUCUGGGAUGAGGACUGCGACGGGUUUCUCAGCCAGAGAUAUGUAAACGGCUCAAUUUGGUGUGAAGUGUUGGUCUUCGCCGUUUUCCACUACUGA